AUGAAUUUUUCGGAUUUUGAACAAUUUUUUUAUCGUGAACCAUUUGUUGAAACGAUUACAACAGGUGGAAAUUUUCAAUUCAUAACUGAUGAAGAAAUAAGAGCAACUGAACAAUUUAUUCAUAAAAAUGGAGUUAAUGGUUUAGAUACAUAUUUAUCUCAACGAUUGGAUGCAUGGAGACAACAUCCAUUAGAUAUUGCCGUUGUUGGAUCAAGUGGUGUUGGUAAAUCAACAUUUAUUAAUUGUUUUCGUGGUUUAGAUGCUGAAGAUGAUGGUGCUGCAGCGGUUGGAGUUGUCGAAACAACGAAUGAACCAAAACCAUAUGAACAUCCAGAAUUUUCAAAUUUAAAAAUAUGGGAUUUACCAGGUGUUGGAACACCCAAUUAUCCUCGUUCUUGUUAUUUAGAAAAGAUUCAAUUCCAACGAUAUGAUUUCUUUUUAAUUCUUUGUCGAACUCGUUUUACCGAAAAUGAUUUAUGGCUUGCAUCUGAAGUAAAACAAAAUAACAAACGAUUUGUAUUUAUUCGCACAAAUAUUGACUCCGAUUUAUUUAAUGAAUAUGAAGAUCAUCCAAGUACAUACAACGAAGAAAAUAUUUUAGAACGUAUUCGAAAUAAUUCUCUUGAAUAUAUUCGAUCUGUUGAUCCAAAUGCUGAAGUAUUUCUUAUAUCAGGUCAUUUAAAAAAUCGUUUACGUUUUGAUUUCGGAAAAUUAAAUGAAACAUUAUUACGUAAUUAUCCAUCAUUAAAACGUGAAUCAAUGAUUUUAUCAAUGUCAGUUAUGUGUAAAGAAGUUUUAGUAGCUAAAGUUGCUACACUCUAUCGUCGUAUAUGGCUUAUUGCAUCAGCAUCAGCAGCUGUUGCUGUUAUACCUGUUCCAUUUCUUUCACUUGGUUUUGAUGCAACAUUAGUUAUGAAUGAAGUUGAAUUCUAUAAGAAACAACUUGGAUUAGAUCAAGCUGCACUUUUAAAACUAUCUCAAGUUUAUCGAAUACCAAUGGAUAAAAUCGAAAAAGAACUAAAUGAAGUAUUUCCAAUACAAUAUUUAAAUUCUUUACGAUCAUUUGUUUUUGAUUUUGCAAAAAAACAAGCGAUUGGUACAACUACGGGACAAUUUGCUCGAUAUGUACCAUAUGUUGGAACAGCAAUUGUAUCGACACUAUCAUUUGGAGUUUGUUAUGUUGUUCUAUAUAAAAUUUUAAUACGUAUGCAACAAGCAUCAUUAAAAAUUAUCGAUGUUAUUAUGAAUGCAUCAGAUCAAAUGAUUCAAGAACAACAACAGCAAAGACAAGCAUUAAUUUAA